UCUUCUAAAAUUAGAAACUGUUAGAUAGUAUCUCCACUUCUCAGUAGCUUCUCUACUGACCAAUGAAAUUGAAGAAUAUGUAUAUACACACACAUAUAUAUUUCAUGCACAUUUUCCAUGAGCUUACAGAAUACUGGAAGUAAUUUUAAUCAGAAAUAACAAUGAAAAUUGUCUACAGUUUAUUGGUCCUCUUCUUCUUUCAAUGGGAGUAUUCCUCCUCAGAAGGGUUUUUCAUAAAAGUAUCUAAAUCGGUUCAUGGACUGGGGCUUCUGAGACACGCGGCUUACUAUAGAACUUACUACUUUUCUUAUGGGUUUUACCCUAUUUAUCGCAAUGGUUACUACUAUCGUCAUCAUCAUGUUUGGAGAAGAAGCACAGAAGAGGAAGUAAAAAGUGGCCAAGAGGUUCUGUCUAUUCAGGAAAUCUUCAGGGAUAUAUCAAGUAACGACGAAUACCAGUGUUUGAUUCGAAUGAUGUGUGAAAUGGGAAUAAACCCAUACACAUAUGGACAGUUUGGAGUGGAUAUGUCCAGUCUUUUGAGAAACGUAUAUGACCCUGACCCAAAUUACCAGAAAUAUCAAAACAGUUUCUUACUGGGUGACAGAAGCAAGUCUACCGCCAUCUGUACAGAUAAUUUUCCAACAUGCACAGCUACAUCAGAAGAGCUACGUAUGUACGCAACAACUGAUUAAACA